AUGUCCCACCACGACGUGUUCUACCAUCACACCACAAGACAAGUCAACUACCUUCCGUCCUCCCUUCCAGACGUCGUCGUGUCCUAUGAUGAACCCCCACCGGUUGACCUACCUGCGAUCCAACUCCAGCUCGAUGCCUUGAUUAUUGCCGCUGAUCAAGAAUACAAUGAUGUCGAGCAAGAAGAAGCUGCUGUCGAACCAGAAGAAGCUGCAGAAGAAGCUGCUGUCGAACCAGAAGAAGCUGCAGAAGAAGCUGCUGUCGAACCAGAAGAAGCUGCAGAAGAAGCUGCUGUCGAACCAGAAGAAGACGAUGAUACCGUCCUAGAGCUCGAAGAUGCCGAGCAAGGCAACCCUCUUGCCGAGAAUGGAGAUGAUGAUGGGGAUGAUGGGGAUGAUGGUGCUGUAGUUAAUCAUGCUGACAGCGCAGAGACCCAAGAAUCGGAGUUGGACUAG